CGUUGAGAAGCCCCGCUGAGAAGCCCACGUUGCGGGAGUUGAGAUCUAUUCAUAGCCUUCGCCCAUACGAAGGCUGAUGGCUGCCGUGGGGAAACUGAGAGCCCUGUUCGAGCGCAAUGCUGGGGUCCCUUCGAGUGCCCUCGGCCCAGAAGGUUUCCGCCACCAGCAGAAGCAACAAGGUGCAACCAUGCUGGCCACCAACAUAUGCACUCACAGGCACUGAUUGUGUCUGUCCCGUGAUGGUUGCUGCAGCCCAUCGUGAGAGGGAGGAAGACGCGAAGGCUCGCGAGAAGCUGCAUCAUCCGAGCUCUAACGAGAGCCUGGUGUGCAAAACAGCACACUGCCACUCCCAGGUGAUGUGUCGCUCUGUGGGUCUCUCAAUUCAGGAGCUGCGUUUCCUUCGCAUCUCGCGCAAGCUUCACUCGUCCAAGACCGCGUCCAGCAGCGCAGCAGCAGGAGCCUCGGGCGACCCCCCGGGCCUGUGUGGUUUGGAUGGCGCACUGGUGUGGGCGAUGACGUCCUUUCUCCCCCUGAUGCAGCGGGUGCCCCUGUCCGCCGUGUGCCGCACCAUGUACAGCAGGACCACCGACACGGCAGCCGGCAUCUGCCGUAGCCUUACCGUAGAUCCGUGGGAUCAUCACAGGUGGAGGGCGAUCGAAGAACUUGUUGACGACACAGACUGUGACUCCGACUGGGUGAGGGAAGAAGGCAAAGAUGCACACUGACCUGAUCGAUGGCCAAGCGCUUUGCUGCCUGUGUGUUUCCUCCUGUUGCAGAUGUUGGAUUGGUGGCAUAGGCGGGGCGAGACCAGAAAGUUGGCGAAGCAUGAGGCCAUUCAGGGACUCAAGAAGCGACUGGUGGGUGGUCAGCAGUACACACAACACAUAUCUACUCAUCUGUGUUCGCCUGUCUACAGAUGCGGCUGCAGACGGUCGACACAGGCGCCGGUGCCUGCCCCAGGGCCACGCUCACACACGUGACCAUCGGCGGCGAGUGCGGUAACGACGUCCACCGUGACGUGAAGCGACGCCGCCGCCGACGCGGCGAGCCGUUGGUGUUUCCGAUCCUGGAGACGCUCGAUGUGGUCGACAACAGCUUCAUCCAAAUGUGCAGGUAGGUACAAUGUUUGUAUGCAUGUGCCAAGAGAGCGAACGGUGUCGGUGUCUGUGUGUACACUCAGGCAUCGCCGUUGGGCCUUCCCGACUCUGAAGACGCUGCGAGUGGGACUCGUGUGUGGGAAUGAGUCUCACUAUCGUAUUCCCCAGUACUAUCCUGUUGAGGAUCUCACUGCCGCCCUUGUGCACAUCGUGUCGUCAUCGCCCGCACUCACGUCGCUCGAGGGCGACGUCAUCGAUAUUCCCGCCGACGAGAGCCAGUGGCAUGCACUCACCAAGGCCCUCGCUAGGUGCCCCCGCCUCACGAGCAUCAAGGGCCUGACGCUCCUUGACACCAAUUAUGACACUCUGGGGAAGCUCAAGGCCGCACUCGACACACACUGGUCGAGCUACUACAGGAGGGGUAGGUCUGCUGCGGGCUGUGGGCUGGGAGAUCCAGAUCCAUGCAAUGCGAAAUGUGCUCGUGUUCGUGUUGUGUUUCAGGCGUGCUCAAGACUAUCACGUUCCACCACCGCUUCAUACUGGGUGCGGCCGUGUCCAACAGCUUGACCGACCUGCUCACAUGGGCGCGGGGGGUGGCGUGCACCAUUGAAUGGUUGCCACGCACCGACGAUCGCUGCUAUGACGAUCCAUUGAUGGAUGACUUCGAUCCGGAGGAAGACGAAGGUGAGCGACUCAUCCAUGAGUUUGUCGCCGUGACGUCUCUGGGUAUGCACUUCAGGGACCAAGGGCUGGGACGACAUGGUGAUGGACUGCAGCGCCGACGUGCCUUCGCCCCCGCCCGCGCCCCGCGGCAUCGGGGCAGCGGCCAUCAGAGAAACUGCCACCAAGUGCACCAUGGUACGUAUGUCGACCAAGGACAGGCAGGCAGGCAGGCAGGCACAGGUAAUCAUCAGAUGGAUGGAUGUCUGCCUGCGUGUGUGGGUGCAUGUGUGCAGGUGCGCUUGUCGUUCGGAGGUUCGCCGCUACACGACAGCUGGCAGGACGUGUGCGAUUUCCCCCGUGUCACACACUUCGCCCUCGAGCAGUCCGACUACAGCGUACCAGUCGGCAAGCUGGCCGGCAGCGUGCCCCACUGGCUCAGCCAGACCACAGCUGACGGCAACAAUCGCUUCCUGCCGGCUGUAGAGCAUUUUUGCUGCAGUAUGGUGUGUCGCUCCGCUGCUCGCUUCGCCUCUCGCCUGCCCACCAGCGAUCCUGAAGUCCACGACCUUCGGGCGCUGGUGGGCAGCCUGAGGCGAGUGACCCACGUGUACCUAAGGGCUUCGUCUCUGAGGGACAUGGCCGUGUGCCUGUCUUUUUUCUCAUCCCUGCCGCACCCCUUAGACCACGUUGAGCUCGAUUUCGAAAGAGAGGCAGGGGAGCUGGCUGACGGUCACGAGUGUGAGGCUCUCGGCCUGACCUUCCCUCAAGUCGAUCGCAUUCAUAUCCGACACAACGCAUCCACUAGCUGUCCCGGCGAGUAUGAGUGCGGCCCUGGUUUGAGCAAGGCACAUAUGCGCUACCUGCUCUCUCUUGUGACGUCCAUCCGUGCCAACAAGGUGUCUGUCGCUGUCGAUAUGCUCGCCGAUGACCUGGUGUUUGGGUCACUUAUGGGCGACGAUUCGUGGGACGGGUCAGACGAGCUGUUUCAGUGGGAGGGAGAGUCCAAGUCAGAGGGGGCCCUAGACAGAGAGGCCACAGAGGAGCAGCACGUCAGCAGUAGACGUCGCAGCCUCUCUUGGCAACCUGACUUGACCACAUGCAUCGCACACUCAGAGAGUGACAGGCCAGCAGAGGGGCAGGGGCAGCCAGGCGGGAAGGAAGAUGCUGGUGGCGACGCAGGUGAGUGCUCACAGGGCUCACUGGGGGAAGGGGCGGGGGAGGACGAUGCAUCUGAUGAUGGGUGCCAAGUGCUCGAGGCUGCUGUGCGUGCCUUUGGCGAGGAAUGCCUGAGUUUAGUCAGUGGCACAUACGAGGGUAGCAAUGAGGCUUUUCUCCACUGGCCGUGGGCCUCGGGGCCGGGUGACAGCCAAGUACGGUUUCCCGAACUGUCGCUGCGUCUGGUGCUCAAGGAAGAGAAAAGGCAGAGGGAGGGAGAGGUCGGGUGACUAGCUAGGUGUUGGAGGAUGUCUGCAGGUGGGUGCAUACACUUCACUUCACUCAGUGACUACUGAUUUAUUCAAGUCUGACCCAUCCAUCCAACACAGUCUGACGACACCCAGUAAGGCACUACGGAUGGGGAGAGAUCAUGCCAUUUGCGUGUGUGUGCUGGUGUCUACACGUGGCUGGUGGGUGGAACGGUGAGUGCGUGCGUGGCCACGUUUAUCGACUUAUCUAUCGACCAGCUGACUUCCGUGUGUCUGUCGUG